UGCGCCGCUCCUUUCUUUUGAAUUUGAUACUGAUUAUAUCCUCUGUUCAAUGACACUUUUCUUCGGUUCAUCUUGCGGAUCACUGUGUUAUCUGACUUCCACUCGACUCCUACUCUUCCUCUCCACCAUCGCCACCAUCCAAUUCAUCGAAGCUUCCCCCUUCAGACAUUCUGAUUCAACCAGCCAGACUGAUUCAUCCAACCAUCAAUCCUUUCAGCACAAUUUAAACUCAAUAUCAAACAUGGCUUCCAUGAAAGGAUACCUCAAACCAAGGUGUUCGAGAAGCUCUUUAAGCAAUACAAUCUCUCUGCAAGACUGUUAUGGUGCACUCUCUCAGCUCCCAUUCAACGCAUCUGACUCGCUCUCCUUAUCUCGACCAGUCUCUCAAUCAGCUAACACCUGUUCCCUCACCGUCUCCAAGGUGACUGAAAAAAAUGCAGACCCUAGCGAUCAAGCUUCGAUCGUUAAUGUAUAUGCGCCAACGCUUUUCGGUCCAGUGGGACAGAUCUUAACAUCCUGUUCAAAUCAAGCUGGUACUUUAUAUCUCUGGGCCGGAGGUGCAAAUGUUCAAAUCAAAAUAGACAAUUCUGGUUCAACACACACCUAACCUGCAUGCCUGUCUUUGCUUU